UAAACAGUCAAACCAGGAAGAAAGUUUAUCAAGAGUCGCAUGACGUUGACGUCAUGUGGAAUGCGGACUCCAUACAGAUUCAUUGUCAGGAGUAAUUGACCUGAAAACAAGUUUAGGGACACAAGCUGCAGAAAAAUGCUUCGUCUACUCUGCUGUUGCUGCUUCUCGGAUGAAAACUCCAACGAAGAGGUACUUUUUUUCACUGUUAUACUGUGAAAUUACAUGUUUUUAAAUUAGAAUAAAGCAUGAUAGUUGUUGGAUAGCGACAUUGCUGCUCGCCUAAAUGUGUAAGGACUAGAGUUUUGCCCUACUUACAGCAAAACAACGUUUGUUACAGUAUUUUUAUUGAGUCUGUGACGACAAAUUCUCUCCCAAAUUUGAGUAAUUUAUACCUCUGUCACAAAUACAAAGGGUGUAACAGGGCCUUGAGCUAUCUUACAUUUAAUGCCAAACAGGAAUCAAAUGAGGCAACAUGAUGUGAAUGAGGAACAUGAACACAUAACCGUGUGUUCAUGUUUAUAAUAUAGUAAUAACAAGCUUUCCCUUGAAAUAAGGUAUUAUACGUGUUCUAUGCUCAUAAGAAUAUCAUAUUUGUUGUUUCAGAGGCAGCCUCUUCUGCAGCCUAGACCACCAGACCUGGAUGGACCUGGAUCAGCUAGGCAGAUCCCACCAGCACACAACAGUACAUCAAAUUCUAUAAAUAUCUGUGUGAAUGUCUCUCUGUUUUCAGCAUGGACAAAUUUUGUCUUCAGUCUCUUAAUCUGUUAAUGCUUUUGAACUUUGUGAGGUUUUAUUUUCUAUCCCAAGAUACACCCAGUGUGAAGCGGACCGGCAGGCUGGUGGUGAGGCGGGUUGGUGUGUCAGAGCUGGACCAGAGGUUUUCUGACAUGGCUGAGACCUUUAAUGAACAGCAGCAGCGUUAUGAAACCAUGGUGCGACAUAUCAGAAACCUGCGACAGACCUAUGGCUGUAACCACGACGAAAGCCUGGCUUUAGCCGAGUGUGUGGGGAAGAUCAGAGAGGAGCACGGUAAUGACACAUCUAGAAUUCCCUGCCAGUUCAAGCAGUAUUGGCAGAUGUCGUUGCUUAUUCUGUUUUCUCUGUUUCUCCUCACUUUCAGGAAACAAACACAGGAUCUCCUUACAGAUUAAAGGCUAUGACUUCUCCCUUAAUGUGGUUUCUGUGGGAUCAAUGGAAGAGAUGGAGGUGGAGCCAGUGCCUCCACAUCUGUGUUUGGCUCGAGAUGAACUGAAGGGAACCUCUGAGAGUGCCAAAGCUAUCAUCUCAAAGGGUACCUCGCUUCAGGAAAUGAUUGGUUGGCUUCUUCGCAGCAAGGAUCACAUGGCAGAGCAAGUUAAGGGAGCUGCAGGAACCUACCAGGAGGAGAGACGACUAACAGAGAACCUGGAGGAGAACUUGAAGGAAGUUAGGAGGGCAAAGGAGUUGUCACUGGAGUAUAAACAACAGGCUGGAGGGGUUCUCACUGAGGCGGCACAGAUAGCAGGGGCAGAUUUGUAGUGGUUUCAGGGUUAAAUCCAAUUAUUACAGUAAAAAUGCACUAAAUAUGCACCAAACAUCAGUAUAAGACAGGAGGCAUAUCCUAGAACUUAACAGUGACAUGUGCAACAGGCAUGUGUCAGAAUGUACCAAGUAAUCACUGUUUUGCAGGCUAUGUGGUUGUUUUGAUUUUAUUCUUUAAAACCUAUUUUAAACAGUCCAACAGAUCAAUGAGCAUCAAAACAAAAUACAAGAAAAUAUCAAAAGGGGCAAGGUACCGGUAAAAUGAGUAAAAACAUUUUAAUCAUCAGUAUUAAUCACAUGUUUGGUUUUUAUAUAAGAUAUUAUUUUCAUGUUCUUUCCAAAUAGUUACACAGAAAGUGCAACUGAAAAAAAAAACAUGAAAUAUGGUUUAAGUCUCAAUUUAACAAAAAGUACACUCAUGAGGUGUACUCUUAGGUUGGAUGAAUAUUAUGUAGUGUUUUCAGGUGUAGUUCUCUGACUUUACCCUUAAUAUAAACUAAGCUGAGCCUUCUGGCUGCUUGUAUUGCGCAUUUAACAAGAUCAAAUGUUUUCCAUACGAGUUUAAUGAACGUUAAGACACUAAAAAUGUGUGUAAAAGACAUCCUGGGUGGUUGAAGUUUUAUCAGCUGACUCUAGGGGGUGAUGUAGACUCAUUUUAUAUCUCUGCUCCUCAGUCCAUAAGAAUACUAGGUCUGAUCUACUAAUUAAACUGCAUGGAAAGAGACUUAAUGAAUCACAGAAACAGGUAUUAAAGGGUAAAUAUUCUUCUAUUCCUUUGAGUAUUUUUCAUUUUUAUUAACUGUGAUUUGUUUCUUAAUAGAAUAAGUGAAUCAAACUCAAUGUAGUUUCCUGUGAAAGCAGAGGGAUUUGUCUGGAGGCAUACUGUCAGUGUUGUGUUAUUAUUAUAUUCAAGGAGACCACAUUUGCUCUUUAUUAUGACACGCAUUUAAUAAUUGAUUAAAAACUGCAGCUUCCAUUGUGCAAAUAAUGUAAAAGCAAACAAUGUGCGGCCAUAUGCCAUCUUGGUAAUUGAUUUCAGAAAAUCCAUUGUUUGAAAGGUUAUUGUGAAGUGCUCAUGCAUUAUUCAUCCAAGGGAGACAGUUUUAGCAGCUGCUUUUGCCUUAGGCUUAACAGAUUAAUCACUGAGUGUGGUGGGUAAAACCUGCAGAGGUGGGUUUCAUCUUUGAAAUAAGAUGUUUUUGGAAUAAAACAAAGGAUUUGCCUGAAUUUUAUCUUACAGGGUACUGCUAAUAAAAAUGACCAAAUGUUACCUAUUUUUUAAAGUCAUUUGAGUUUAGUGAGUUUAGAGUCAAUAUUGUCUUCAUAAUUACACAAUCAUUAUGCUUGGUGUUAUAAAAUCAAAUGAAAAAAACUGUAGUAAAAUUUUCUUAGUAUUUCUAUGUAUAAAUUGUCAAAAUUAAUUAUUUAUGUGAUUCAUUAAAGCAUUACUGACAGAUCA